CCUCUCUCGUCUUGUGCAAUAUUCUCUAACUUUUUACUUAUCACGUGAAACAGUGUACGCAAAAAGAGCACAAGUAUAGCCUAUACAAAAUGAAAUUGAAUGCAUGUCAACAUGUUCAAUUAUAGUAUUUGAUGGGCGUGAAAUAGGUUUUUCUGAUUUUUGGAAGAGAGCAAUGUCAGAAAUGAAUUUCUCACUGAUUGCUCUGCCUGCCUCUCUCCACAGCCUUUGUCACUCAAACAUGGGAGAGGCUGGAGGGAGAGAUUUAUACUGUAGGUUUACGUGAGGUCUUGAUUGAGUUAUUAUUGUGUGUCAACGAUAUUUAGUCAGUGGGUGCCACCGUGUAAAUUCCUCAGUCACAUUAUCCAUAGGCAAACACUUGACAGGGUUGACAGUAGGAAAUAGGUGUGGCUGAGAUUUGACUGAAUUUGCCUUGCUAUCAUGUAAGGAUCCCGUUUUGAAGGUGUUGCAGCUACAUUUCUGUUCAUUAGCGACUCUGUUUUAUCAGAUGUGGGCAUGUGGCCAGUACCUAAUAAUAAAGUUGAAGUUACUGUGUAAACAUGUCUGAUAGUAUGUCUGCAUCUGAAAAUGCAUUCUUUCACCAGUUCAGGAAAGGAACAUUUUAUUACUUGAUAAAAACUUGCUUGCAUCUUAUGAUCAGAAGAACACGGAGAGAGAGAGGACAACGUUUGAGUUUUCACCCUGAGGAAGGCGAGCGUAUUAUGAAUUGAAGCUGCAUUAGAAAUACAUUUCAAGUGUGACUGUAUCUGUUUCAAUGUAUACAUUUGAAUCAGAUGUGUUUAGUUAUUAGACCACCAUCACAUUUACAUAUUAUUCAUUUAGCAGACACUCUUAUCCAGAGUGAUUUACAUGAGCAAUAAGGGUUAAGUUUAUACAACACACUGCUUAGAAAGAUAUCGUUAUCUUUUCUCUGUUCAUCUUCAAGGUUGAAGAGUUCAUGUUCUCCCUCCCUGUCCCCUAUAGCAUCGCUCCUUUCCCUCCUAUCACUGUUUAAAGUGCAAACUACAGAGAGAAAGAAUGGAUCAGACGCUGAGCAUUAGAAGCUCAGGGCAAGGUCCAUAGACAGUAUAGUAGCCUAAUCUGCAAGGUUAACUGCAGAUUAAGGCUAACUACUGCUAAUAAAUUAGCAGGCCUGCUGCAGGAGUCAGAACAGGUCUGUUGUCAUCUGGCCUCCUGCCCCUGCGGCCUUGGUGGCCCAGCCAGGUAGGGCCAGCAUGAAGGGUGUCCUCUGAUUGCCACCAGGCUAGUCCUCUCUUCUGAGGUGGCAGGAUUUUACAGAUAAACUGUGAAGGAGAACGUUCACUUGGACUAGAGACUUAUUUUGAAGUAAUUUGACUGCUGAAGCAGGUAGUGAGAUGUGUUUCUAUUUAUUGAAGGAACUUGUCAUUUAAAAAAAAAUAUAUAUUUUAUUUUACCCCCUUUUUCUCCCCAAUUUCGUGGUAUCCAAUUGUGUUAGUAAUUACUAUCUUGUCUCAUCGCUACAACUCCCGUACGGGCUCGGGAGAGACGAAGGUCGAAAGCAAUGCGUCUUCCGAAACACAACCCAACCAAGCCGCACUGCUUCGGCGUGCCUCCAACCCACAGCGUGCCUCCAACCCGGAAGCCAGCCGCACCAAUGUGUUGGAGGAAACACCGUGCACCUGGCAACCUUGGUUAGCGCGCACUGCGCCCGGCCUGCCACAGGAGUCGCUGGUGCGCGAUGAGACAAGGAUAUCCCUACCGGCCAAACACUCCCUAACCCGGAUGACGCUAGGCCAAUUGCGCGUCGCCCCACGGACCUCCCGGUCGUGGCCGGCUGCAACAGAGCCUGGGCGCAAACCCAGAAUCUCUGGUGGCACAGCUAGCGCUGCGAUGCAGUUCCCUAGACCACUGCUCCACCCGGGAGGCCCGGAACUUGUCUUUUUAACCUGUGUGUCAGAUGUGUUUGGGGAGUCCUCCAACAAAGUUGCCAUUCUCCUGAAACUAUCCAGCCAGCAACAAUAACAGUCCCACCAUCCAUCAGACCAUCCCUCAUGGCAACGAUCGUCAUGGAGAGGAUUGGGCGUCUAUUCAUCAACCUCCAGCAGGUACAGGCAGUGCCCCAGAUGCUGACAGAGGUCGCCCCCUCCAUGCCCGGCACGCUACGGGACACCGAAGUCCCUGGGUUCUUCAGAGAGCGCUACAUCCACGCCGGCUACCGACCGCUCCACCAGGGCUGGAGGUACUACUUCCUUUCGCUGUUCCAGCGUCACAACGAGACCAUCAACGUGUGGACCCACCUGCUGGGGUCUCUCCUUGUCCUGGUCAAGUUCCUCCAGCUGGCUGAGACGGUAGACUUCAUCCAUGACGCCCACGCCUGGCCCCUCCUCAUCCUCCUCCUGUCCUCCCUGGCCUACAUGGCCUGCAGCACUGUAGCCCACCUCCUGGCCGCCAAAUCAGAGUUCUACCACUACUGCUUCUUCUUCCUGGAUUACGUAGGAGUGGCUCAGUAUCAGUACGGCAGCGCCGUGGCUCACUUCUACUAUGCUGUGGAACCAGACUACCACCGGUGGGUCUCCUCGGUCUUCAUGCCCACUGCCACCUUCCUCUGCUGCUUGUCCUGCCUGGGCUGCUGCUAUGGGAAGUAUCGCAACCACAGCCUGCGGGUCUGGGUCCGGAAGGUGGGGCAGGUGGUUCCCUCAGCUAUGGCCUAUGCCUGGGAUACUAGCCCGGUGUUCCACCGCCUCCUCCUCUGGCCCACGUCGCACAGUGAUGACAUCACUGCCUUGGCCAGUGGCGUAGUCGGCGACCCGGCUAUAUCCUUCCAUGUGGGCCAGGUAGCCUUCUUCCUCUCCAGUGCAUUCUUCUUCACCAACCCACUUCCAGAGCGUCUGUUCCCAGGCCACUGUGAUUUCCUGGGGCAGGGCCACCAGCUGUUCCACAUCUUCUUGGUGAUCUGUACCCUCUGUCAGAUCCAGGCUUCUCACCUGGACUACCUGGGCCGACGGCCACUCUACACACAGCUACACGGGGAGGGAGGAGCAGCAGCCACUAUCUAUCUGGUUCAGUAUGGAGCCACGCAGGUGGUCUGUAUCUGUAUAGCAGUCUUCAUGGCGAGGAAAGUAAAACGGUUGCUUGACUGCAGAGACAAGUCCAAAUGAAUUGGCUUGGAGACUAUGUAAGAGGGUAGGAAAGUUAUAAUCACUUCCCAGUGGGCAAAACCGGUUGAAAUGGGUUGACGUUAUUACAGCCAGAAACGUUUGCUCAGUUUUGCCCGCUGGGUUGGUACCAAAGUGAUCAAUGUGGCCUUGGUUGACUCCACACACACUGCCUUCCUUGCCUGCUGGAGUUUGUUUUUGAAAUGUACAUUUAUAUUAUAGUAUUAUGUUUCUCUACAGCACCUGUGUCCUUGAGAGAGUGUUGUUUACCUUUUACAUAAUGGAAGUUGAGGAAGCCUAUCACUAGCAUGGUCACAGAUCUGUGACCAUAAGAGUUGGCAAGACUGCACAAACAGAUCUGGAACCAGGCUAGCCUAGCACUGAACAAAGCCUCAAUGAGAUGUAAGAAUGUUGAUAACUUGCAUAGUACUUUCUAUAUUUGCUAUGAUUGCUCACUGUAAUCUUAGAAUAGAUUUGCUUAGUAGUUCUCUGUUUUUCAGUUGGCAUGGUGGUGUCAAAUUAUGUAUGUAAUGUACAUUAUCGUACAUCUGUAAAUUGUUGAUGAGGUUAUGUUCCAUUGCUACAUUUUCCUUUUGAUUGACCAUGAGGAGAAAAGAGUUCCCUCUCUUACCCUGGUCUACCACUGCCAGGACACACUCUUCACUUCAGUGCUGUGAUGUAAACCAGAGACAGGCUCUAAUUGGCUCUUUCUGGACGAUCACCAUGGUGACCUAUAAUAAAACAUUAGUUCAGCCAAUUUGAUUGAAUAAAGGUGUGAGGACAACUCCCUUUAUACAUUGCAACACACAUAGCCAAUCCCAAUUGGUUCCCCAUGCCUUCUCCCUUUGCCAUAUUAAACCUUAUGUGUUUGCAGAUCUGAAGGGUGAUAGGUAAUACGUGUAGUGUUGGAGCUUCCACCAUAUUGCUUCCACCUUACAGACCUGCAAUCACAGGGAUAUGGCCAAGGAGAAGGGCUAGGGAGUGUAUUGGGACCGGCUUUGUUCAUGUUUACCCUUUGUCCAUUACUCUCUGAUUGUGCCAUAUGGUGGUAUCAGUGGAGGCUGCUGAGGGGAGGAGGGCUCAUAAUAAUGGCUGGAGCAAAUGGAAUGGCAUCGUGUUUGAUGUAUUUGAUACCAUUCCACUGAUUCCGCUCCAGCCAUUACCACAAGCCCGUCCUCCCAAUUAAAGUGCCACCAACCUCCUGUGGGAGGUAUAGUUUCCCCUGACUGAUGCAAAAAAAAUACCUUCACAGCAAUGCAGUGUUAUUAUGACAUGUCAGGAAUCAUAACAAUUUGCAGGGCCUUCACAUUUCAGAACUUUGUUAACUUUAUGGCAUUUGUAGAACAGCAAUAAAAACUACUUGAAGCCCA